AUGACAGCAAUGCUGAGAAUACUGCUAUUGGUUGUCUUUGUUAUCUUUAUUGAACACUGUGAAGCUCGUGUCGCUCCUUUUAGCGGCGGUGGUGGUUCUGGGAGUGGAGGUGGUGGUUCUAGGGGUCGUGGCGGUCCUAGAGGUCGUGGUGGUCAAGAUAAUCGUGGUCGUGGAUAUACGGGAAGGCAACCUGUAGCUUUCACAGCAAGAAUGUCUGAAAAUGCCACCAACAUUCAACCUGGAAACACGAUACCCUACACAAUGACUAUCGUCAACGUGGAUAAUGCUUAUCGAAAUAAUGUCUUCACUGCUCCGAAGUCUGGAGUCUAUUUCUUCACUUGGAGUGUUACAUCGCUUCCAAAUUUCCCGGUUGACACAGCAUUGGUGAAAAACAACGUUGCCAUAGCCAUACUCUCUUGUCAUCAGUUUUCUAAAACCGGGAAAAGAAACACUUGUUCACAGUCUACCACUGUCAGUCUAGUCUCUGGCGAUAAAGUAUGGGUCAAAGCAACUGAAGCAAUGGACAUUGUAAGCGCAGCAUACUGGCCUUCGUUUUCUGGAUUUCGAUUAUGAGAAUAAAAAAAAAAAACUAGGCAGAUAACAAAAACCCCUAAAUAAUGUAUUUUUCUGCCUCUUGUCUUAAAUGUCAAAAUUUCAUGUUCAUUUGGCUUUCUGAAUAAAAGAAUUGGAAAAGAU